AUGAACGACUGCCAUCUGAAUGCCUCUUGCGUUAAUACUCAGGGCUCAUACAACUGCUCUUGCAAUCCUACCUACAUUGGGAAUGGUUCUAUAUGUGAAGCCGAUCCAUGUUAUAAUUACCGCAACCUAAGUGAAGCUAACAGAAAAAGCAGUUACGUCACACCGUAUGGUUCAGGGUUAUGUGACAACUCACUCCCUGAGGGAUGGUAUCGUUUUGUGGGAGCUGCAGGAACAAAAAUGCCAACAACGCGUGUGCCAGCAUACAGAUGUGGUACAGACUGGUCAGGCUGGUUGGAUGGUGCUCAUCCUACAGUGGAUGAUGAUGAAGUUUUCAGAAAGAUCUGCUUUAGCGAUCGUCCUACAGGUUGCAGAUAUAUAAUCAACAUUUUAGUUAAAAAUUGUGGAUCAUUUUUCGUCUACAUACUUGUUCAGCCUCCUAGUUGUUCUUCUCGCUACUGUGGCACGGACUAAAUCUGAGUCUGAAAACUUCACAAAAUGAUAUACGUCUUAAAGAGAUCCUUGUGAACAAUGUACUUUACGACUUACCGUAGCCCACUCCUUAUCGUAAUCGUUAAUACCAUCGUUAUAUAAGCUGGUGCAUAUUGCCAAUCUUUUUAAGUCGUGACGAACUGUUGCAUGUUAUAUAUAUUAUAAGAGUUCUAAAGAUGGUAGGUAUCAAAUCUCAUUUGAUUAACAGUUAAUAAGAACUGUCAAAGGACCAGGUAGUGUCUUAAUUAGAAAGUAAGUUUCUAGAUCUCAGAUACCGACGUUUCUGAUAUAAGUUGUCAUCUCAUAAAACAUCUGUUUAAAAGCUGGAUUCCUAUACAAUCACUAAAGU